AUGGCUGAACAAGUCCCAUAUGGUGUGGCUACCAGCCUGAUCAACACGUUGGCUUCAUUGGCCUUUACAGAGAUCGCAUCCAUUUAUGGGGUCGAAGAUGACAUUGAAAGGCUGAAGGAAACUGUUGAAGCCAUCAAAGCUGUGCUCGUUGAUGCUGAUCAAAAGCAGCAGAAUGAUGAACUCAUCAAGCUUUGGAUAAGGAAGCUCAAACAAGUUCUCUACGAAGCAGAUGACUUGCUCGAUGAACUCCACACUCAGCAUUUGCUACACAUGAGGGAUGGAAAAGGAAAGGUACGCGACUUCUUUUCAUCCUCGAAUCCGAUUGCUUUUCGCCUCAAAAUUGCUCAGAAUAUUCCAAAGAUUCGAAAGCAGUUUAAUGAUAUUGCAGAAGAUGUGGCUAGGUUGAAUUUAGAUCGGGGAGUUGUUGUGAUGGGGCAUGGUGAGAGUAACUUGAGGGAAACAAGCUCUUUUGUGUACCAUGAGGAUAUUAUUGGCAGGGAGGAAAACAGGAAGGACAUAAUUGAAUUAUUGCUGAAUAGUAAUAAUGGCAAUCAAAAUGCUUUCUUGGUUGCUAUUGUUGGUAUUGGGGGUCUAGGUAAAACUACUCUUGCACAAUUGGUGUUCAAUGAUGCUAGAGUGAAAAACUUUUUCACAAAGCAGAUGUGGGUGUGUGUUUCUGAAGUCUUUGAUGUCAAAGAACUUGUUAAAAAGAUAUUAAAAUCAUUAGUUGGCCGUAUAAAGGAUGAUCACUCAUUAGAAUCGCUUCAAUAUAAACUUCAACAAAAAUUAAGUGGCCAAAAUUUUUUGCUAGUUUUGGAUGAUAUUUGGAAUGAGGAUGGUGAAAAGUGGCAACAUCUGAGACAAUAUUUAAUGUGUGGUGUUGAAGGUAGUAGGAUUUUGUUGACUACACGUCAUCAAUCGGUAGCCAACAACAUGGGUGUUAGAAUGCCAUAUGUUUUGAGAGGUUUGACAAAUGAUCAGUCUUGGACUUUGUUGAAAAGAUUGGCAUUUGAUAAUAAUAAAGUAAUCACCCAAAAUCUUAAGUCUAUUGGCAAAAAAAUUGCUAAAAAAUGUGCCGGGGUUCCACUGGGGAUAAGAGUCAUAGGAAGAUUGUUGCAAUCAAAAUCAAAUGAACGUGACUGGGAAGCUAUCUUGAAAGGUGACUUUUGGAAGAAGUUAUCUGAAAAUAAUGAUUCAAUUAUGCCAAUAUUAAAGUUGAGCUAUGACAGUUUGACAAUUGAAUUAAAACAGUGUCUAGCUUAUUGUUCUUUAUAUCCAAAAGAUUGGACAUAUGAAAAGGAUAGUUUGAUUGAAUUGUGGAUGGCACAAGGCUUCCUUGGAUGUCAAGAGGAGCAACAAUGUCUAGAGGAUGUUGGUGAAGAGUAUAUUCAUAUUUUGUUGAUGAAGUCAUUCUUCCAAGAUGUUGAGAUGAAUGAAUAUGGGGAAAUACAAUAUUUUAAAAUGCAUGAUUUGAUGCAUGACUUGUCCCAAUUAGUUGCCGGCUCAGAUUAUUGCUCAAAUUUUGAGGAUAGGAAAAAUGUUACAAGUAGCCCUAUGCAUGUUUCUUUUGAACAGCAUAACUCCAAUUGUUCAUUAGACAUGAUGGGUGCAAGUAGAUUGAGAACCAUUCUUAAGACCAACAAAGUCUCUGGAAUGAGUGAUCCAUCUAAUUUAUUAAAGUCCAGGCGCUUGCGAGGUCUAGAUUUGUCAUUAUAUAAGAUGAGAGAUAUGCCUGAAUCAAUAGGUAAAAUGAAUCAUUUGAGGUAUCUAGAUCUCUCUUAUUGUCUCAGUUUGAUAAGUUUGCCCAAAAGUAUAAGCAACUUAGUCAAUCUGCAAACAUUGAAAUUGCGUGGGUGUAGCAAUAUGAAAUUUUCCAUAGAUAUUGUCACAAAACUGAUAAACUUGCGCCGACUUGAUAUAGAAAAUUGUGAGGCCUUCGAAGAUGGGAUGCCAAUCGGAUUGUGCAAGAUGACAACUCUGCAGAGUUUGUCAAAUUUCGUAGUGGGGAAUGACGAUAAGAAGAGAAAGAAAGCCAAAUUGAAUGAAUUGCAAGAACUUAACCUCAGAGGUACGUUAGUGAUUAAGAAUCUUGGUUUAGUCAAGGAAGUCAAGGAAGAGUCCAAGGAUGUUAAUUUGAAAGCAAAGAAGAACCUCAUGUCUUUGACACUUGAUUGGGGACAUAUAAUAGAGGUGGAGAACGGUGAUACUUUGCAAUUAUUGCGAAACCUUCGCCCUCAUCCAAAUCUGAAGGAAUUGAAUGUGCACGAUUACUCUGGGGAAAGGCUUUCCAAUUGGCUUCUGUCACUUAGAAAUCUUGUUGAACUAACUAUCUCAGGCUGUCGUAGCUGUGAAUACUUGCCAGUGUUGGAAGGAUUGAUUUCUCUCAAGACGCUAUGCAUAUCAAGUAUGGAUGCUUUGAAGUACAUAUGCUAUGAAAGAUGUUCCUCAUCAAUGGCAAAAGACACAACUAGCUUCUACCCAUCUUUGGAGGAUUUAAGUGUGAGUUUUUGUAAAAGAUUGAGGGGAUGGAAAAGGGAGACAGAUGUGAAGAAUAGUGGAAGAGAUAAUGAGAAGCAUCAUUCACUACCACCAUUUUCUUGCCUUUCAUCUUUAAAAAUUUCACAUUGCCCAAACUUGACUUGCAUGCCUACCUUUCCAAAUCUUGCGAGGCAACUCGAGUUUAGUAACUCUAACACAGAGCCAUUGCUAGGCACAUUAAAGAUGAGUAGGACUGGGCCAUCUACACCAAAAGAAUUGGAUGCGUCUUAUUCUCUUUCCAUGCUCAAGUAUCUAUGCAUUGAGGAGAUAGACAUGAAUGCAUUUCCAGACGAAUGGAUGCAAAAUUUUACCUCUCUUCAGCAUCUUAGUAUCAAGCGUUUAUCAAGUCCAGAAAAACUAUUUCAUCAAAUGCAACAUUUAUCUGCUACACUUGAACAACUCAGUAUUUCAAACAUUGACAAGCUUCAUUCAUUAAGGGCUAAGGACCUUCGUUGCCUUCAUUCUCUCAAACGAAUCGAGUUUGAAUGGAUUCUUAAACUCAAGGCUUUGCCGGAGUGGAUUUGCGAUCUCCAGUCACUCCGAUCAAUCUUUAUUUCUGACUGUGAAAGCUUGAAGUCACUUCCAACACGAAUGCGUUGUUGCCUCAAUAAUUUACAUUCACUACAUUUGAGUGGAGAAGAUAUGCCUUUAAUGAAAAGAUGUAAGAGAGAAACAGGAGCAGAGUGGCCUAACAUUGCUCAUAUUCCAAAUGUAGUGCUCGAUUUCCGCAAUUCUGAACGCGCAAACUUCUGAAGCUUGCCAUUUUUCAAAGAGAAGAGUUCACAGACCAUGCUUUGGUCGUUGCAUAUUUUGAGCAAAGUAUUAAAUUUGGAUGCAGUAAUUAAGAGGAAGAUUUGUUAGACUCUUGAGCUUACUCAUACCAAAACAUGCUUGAUACUUUCUAUGAAGGCAAAGCUUUUUUAAUUUAAAUACAUUGAAUGUCAUUGGAGAGAAUAACAAAUCUAGACAGAAAUUUCAGGUGAAGAUGGCCAUGUUCAUAUUUGAUUCCUGGGAUAGUCAUGAUUACUGCUUUGGUGAAGAGCUGAUACUUGAAAAUCUCAGGUUUCAUAGCUUUGGGUGAACAGUAAUAUCACUUAAUUAAAUCGAGGAAUCUCCAUGAUGAAGGGUAAAGAGCUUAUUGGAAGUUUAUGAUUGUAAUUUUAUGAGGACAUGCCAUAUUUAUCUUUGUGUUUAAAUGUCAUUUAAGAAUAUUGUAAGGACUUUUGAUAUAGUGGAAUUUUUCGGAUUUGGUCCCGUGGUUUUUUUCCUCAAUAUUUGAGGGUUUUCCACGUUAAAUCUAUGGCGUCUUCUUUAUUUGGUUUUUAUACAUUAAUUUUUCAUA